AUGGCUGGUGAUCAAGAGAAAGAUUUACAGAAAUUCCUUAAAAAUGUGGAUGAAAUCACAAAUUUAAUCCAGGAGAUGAACUCUGAAAAUCCAAUUAUCCAACAGAAGGCCAUCCAGGAGACAGAAAAGAGACUACAGUUUGCAAUGGAAACCCAAGAGGAGGAUGGGUGUAGGACCACUGUGAACAAGACCAUGAUUAGUCCUGCAAAAGCUCCUGCUGAGAACACAGAUGAAAUGAAUCAAGAGGCUUUCCUGGCAGCUCUAGAGAAAGAUGCAAAGUCCCGUGCCAAGAGAAGACAGGAAAACAAAGUCUUGGCAGAUGCCCUCAAAGAAAAAGGCAAUGAAGCAUUUGCAAAAGGCGAUUAUGAAGCAGCCAUCCUGUGUUACAGUGAGGGUUUGGAGAAGCUGAAGGACAUGAAAGUGCUGUACACCAAUCGAGCCCAGGCAUACAUCAAGCUCGGAGACUACCAAAAGGCAGUCACAGACUGUGACUGGGCCCUGAAGCCAUUCUCUUUUAUGCAGUGUGAUGAGAAGUGCACAAAAGCAUAUUUCCACAUGGGGAAAGCCCACAUGAAUCUGAAGAACUACAGUCAGUCUAGAGAGUGUUUUCAGAAGAUCUUAGAAAUAAACCCCGAGCUGCAGAGAGAGGUGAAAGAUUGCCUAAGACAAGUAGGUCUUCAGGAGAAAGCUGAGCUUCAAGAGAAGGAAGCCCAAGAACAUCUGGAUUCAGGGAAGAAUGCAGCUGUUUCCACCAAGGCUCUCCUAGAGUCGCUUUCUAAGCCAGAUCAGAUGCCCUUGUUUUAUGCAGGGGGCAUUGAAAUCCUGACUGAAUUGAUGAAGGAUUGCAUUGAGCAGACUCUGUUCCGGACACACCACGGAUUCCAAGUCAUUGAUGAGAAUUUGAUCAUAAGAAGGUGCUUUUCCACAGCAGAGAAAGAUGCCGCAGAGGAAACCUUGUGCAUGUCCGUGCUCAGGCUCUGGCAGGCAGUGACACACGGCAAUGAGGAGAACCAGAGACUGCUUGUGACAAGCCCCUACACAGGCAAAUUGCUGCCUUCCCUCCUGGACUCCUCGGUGGGCUCCAUCCAGGAGCAGAGCCUGACCCUGUUGCUGCAGCUUGCUGAGACUGAGAACGGGCGGAUCCUGAUCGUCAACCACCUUGACCUCGCUCGACUGUUGGAAGCUCUGGUGUCAUUCCUGGACUUCUCAGAUAAGAGAGCCAGUUCCGCCAUGGGACUGCUCACUGACUUGGCUCUGGAGGAAAGAUUCCACGUCUGGUUCCGGGCCAACAUUCCAGCUGUCCUUCCCAUACUCACGCGUGUUCUGAGACGAGACCCUAAGAUGACCAGCCCUUCAGCUCUCUACCAGUGUGUGGCUGUCAUGGCAAACCUUAGUGUGGAUGCAGCCAUUCAGGGAGAUCUAGCGACCUCUGAGGAACUCAGAGAUGCCUGCUUGGGCCUCUGGACUAGAUGUGAAGAAGACAUGGAGUCAUUCAGAGAUGUCAUCUAUACGCUCCUGGGCUUCAUGAUGAACUUGUGUCUUCAGACCCCCUUUGUCUCUGAGGUCUGGGCCAAGGAGGUCAACAGGAAAUGUUUCUGUCUACUGGAUAGCCAGGAUGGGGGGAUCCUGACGAGAGCUGCUGGGCUUCUGAGCCGGACGCUGCCUUCCUCUCGGCACCUUGUGGAGGAGGCCAUCAAGGCAGGCGUGGUGAAGAAAAUGGUCAAGUUCCUAAAGGUAGGUGGCCAAACGGCAUCACAUUAUGCCAUAAAGACCCUCGCCAUCUGCACCAACACUCACCAUGAAGCACGGGAAGAGCUGCUGCAUCUGGACAAAAAGCUGGGCAUCUUAAUGAAGCUGCUUGACUCAGAGGACGAGCUCCUGGCAGGCAAUGCGGCCCUGUGCCUGGGCAAUUGCAUGGAGGUGCCACAGGCGGCAUCCAGCCUGCUAAAAACAGACGUGGUUCGGGCCUUACUGAGGCUCGUGGGCAACGACUCGGCCAAGACGGCCGUGCAGCUGAACGCAGGCAUCGCCCUGGGGAAACUGUGCACAGCUGAGCCCAGGUUCGCUGCUCACAUGAGAGAGCAUCACGGGCUAGAGAUCCUCAAUUCUGUCACCAAACACAUCAGUGAGUGAGCUUGAGAAUCAUGGGGCCUGCAGGGUCGUGUGAGCACAUGGAUGUGAGCUCUGGGAGACCCCUGUCCUAAUAAAGACCUUUU